AUGACCCAGUUAACUUGGCUUACAAUAAAAUUUAAACUAUACUUAACAAAUAUGCCUAGUUAUGAAGAAGAUCUUCCUAGUCAAACAGAACAAACUUUAAUAACACAAUUGGUCGAAGAUGAUCUGCCUCAACGUUGUCGUGCUGUUGCACAGUUGAAAAAUCUUAUUAUCGGGAGUAAACGAUUUAAAAGUACAUUUUAUCGUGUUGGAACAUUAGAAAUGUUAUACGCUCUGCUUAAUCAAUUUUGUACACCAUCUGUUAGUAAUAAUUAUAAUGUUGAUUUACUAAUUCAAAUUAUUGAUUGUGUAUCGUCAUUUGCUAAAUCAAACAAUAAAUUAAUUAUUGAACGUCUUACUGAACUUGGAUUUAUUCAGCAAUUAUUAUGUUUAUUAAAUAUGCAUAAUGAUUCGCUUACACUGUGUGAAUCAUGCUUAAAAUGUUUAAAAUCAUUUUUUAUUAGCAAAAAUAAUAAUGCCAACUAUCAAUUAAAAACAGAUUAUACAAAUUAUUAUCAGCAACAAAGUUCAUUUACUCUGUUAUGUGAACAAGAUAGCUUAAAACCGCCGACAACUUCACCAAUGCAAAUAUUCAAUUCAUUUACACCAUCUUCAGCUUCGGCUACCACAAAUUCACGUUCUCCUAUUGAUAUUUUAUUUGAUAAUCCGUCAUCUAUUGACUGUUUAUUGAAAUUAUUACCAAUGUCCAAAACAAUACAAUUAUGCGUUAUUGAAAUUUUAACAUGCGCGUGUAAAAAUAACGAACUGCAAUUACAACUGAUACAAAAAGAUACAAUCAAGACUAUUUUACAUCUAUUAGUACAAAAUUAUAUUCCGGUGAGUUCCACUACACAAUCAACGACAAACAAACUUAAUCAGAGCAAAAAUAAUAGUGUCGACAAUGGACAUGAUACACUGACAACAACGACAAAAUUAUUUCCAUUAAAACCACCAGUUGAAAAUAAUAAUAAUACAACAUCGAGUUCUAGUCAGCAACAGCAAUAUUACUAUCAAAAAAAUUCGUUAACAAAUGAAUCCAUUAUAUUGGUCUGUUUAAAAUUUCUGAGUGCCGUAUGUUAUGAAAAUCCUGAAGUAUCAUCAAGAUUAUUAUGCGUAGUCUAUUCUAAUAACCAACAACAACAACCAACAAUCUGUGAUAUUGUCCAAAAAUUCUUAAAUAAUGGCAAAUUUAAAUUAUUUCAAAUUUAUUACUAUGCAGCCAAAUUUUUUGUCAACUUAUGUAAAACAAAAGCAUUACAACCAGAUCAUAAAUAUGUAUCACUUGGUGCAAUGACAACGUUAAUUCAUUUAUGUACUAAAUAUCAUUUGUCAUGUGUCUAUUUAUAUUCUGAAUGUUUGGAUACAUUAACAUAUUUAUUGAAUGGAAAUCCUACUCUACAUCAUUGUGCUACAUAUACGGAACAAUUAUUAUCGAAAUUAUUCGUAUACGUGGUAACACCAACAAAAAUUAUUGGCGAUGAUAUCGAUACAACUCAUGCAGCAAUCGUACAAAUACGAGCAUCAGCACUAACUUUGUUAGCCGUUUUGUCAUCUCAUUUUGAAGAUAUCCGAAAACGUAUUUCAGAGCAGGAUAAUUUAAUAUCAACAGUAAUUGAAUGUUACCGAACUUCGAAUAUUCCCUUACAGUUGGCAUCAUUACGUCUAUUUCAUGGUCUAUCACGUUCUGUUCAACAAUUACGGACAACAUUCAAUGAUAACAUAUGUGAUUUAUUAUUAGACUCAAUUAAAAGUCGGGAUUUGGCCGUUGUUAAAGUAGGUUCAUGUGUCAUUAGUAACGUUGUGAUGGAAUUUUCGACUUGUCGAAUGAGAUUAUUAAAUGGUGGUAUAUUAGAAACAUUACUCAAUUUAUUAGAUCAGACUGAUCGUGAAUUGUCUCUUAACGCUAUGUGGGCAAUUCGAAAUAUGACAUACCUGGCAAGUUUAAAAGUGAAACAAGAUAUUAUUAAUAAUUUGACAGGCGAACGUAUUUAUUCUACUCUUGAACAAUGUUCAGAUAAACAGUUUCUCAUAUGUUUGUUAAGUCUCUUACGUAAUCUUUUUCUUGAGAAAGAUGUCGAUAUUCUAAUUCAUUUGUUUGAUCCAAUGAAACUUUUAACGAUAUUACAAGCCAUGCUCGAAAAAGAUUAUCCAGAAGAAAUUCAUGAACAAAUAAUUUAUUUAUUAGAUAAUUUAGCAUCAAAUGAGUAUAUGAAAACAAUGAUGAAAGAAUCUGAUCAAUUAUUUAAAAAAAUUUCUAGUUUCAAGUCUAAUAUCGCAUCUUCUUUACAAAUAGCAGCUACUACAUGUUUAAGUUCGUUAGACGAAUCACAAGUUUAUGAUCUUCAUGAAUCGUGCGAAGAUGCUGAAUCUUUACAAGAAAAGAUGAAUGAGCAUUUAACGAAACUUGAGAAAGAAUUAGAACAAAUGAUUAAUAUGACAUGGAACCUUGGUGUGACCGUAACCGAUUUUCAAACUCAGUCUCAGACACGUCUCUAUCAAUUACUCGAAAGUUUAAUUAAUUCACUAAAAGAAGUUGAUCAAAUGAAAAUACAUUUCAAUGAUAUUCAUAUUCCAGGACAAUUAUUAAGCUACGUUGAUGAAUUAAAAAAUCCACAAUUGUACACUAGUGAUUGUUUGAAACAUGCAUUAGAACGUAAUGAAGAGCUAAAAGGAAAAAAUGAUGCAUUAGAAAAAUUUGCCACAAUGUUAUCGGUAGAAUUAAGUACACAAUUUCCAAAUCAAAUGGCUCAAUAUCGAUUAUGGCAGAAGAAAACAUUGAAAGAAGGACAAACAGGAAUUGAUUCUGUUCCAUAA